CGCCGUGAUUGGCUGCAGCGGGGAAUCGGGAUCACUCAUUCGAUUACUUUUCUUUUCGAGGCACGUGUUAUUCAUUUAAUUGCCUCAGUUUUCUUUUAUUUUAGCGGCAGUUCAGAUCCUGCAGUUUCAGGUUGCUGGGAUGGUCCUUGUAGGGUGAGAUCUGGCUGGAGCAAAUAGCAAGAAAAGCCCAGUAUUGGAAGACAUUUCUCAGGAACGCAGGAAAAGCACAAACUUAUGGCUGUGGAGUUCUCUAGGGACAAGCCUUGGGCUGCCGCUAUUUGUACCAUCUGUGUAAAAUAUUUCACGGAUCCCGUGUCUCUGGAAUGCGGUCACAACUUCUGCCGUAGCUGCAUUACCCGGUGCUGGGAGGAGUUGCAUGCAAGCAUCUGCUGCCCCAGGUGGUGUCAUUAUUUCCUCGAAGGGAGGAAGUUUGAGCCAAAUAGGGAGCUGGCUGACUUUGUGGAAGCCACAAAGCAGAGGGUCGAACAAGUGAAAGAAGAGGCAAAAGAAUGGGCAAAUUGUGGAGAACACCGGAAACCAUUGAAUCUGUUCUGUGAAGAUGACCAAGCAGCUAUCUGUGAGGAUUGUAUGAAGUUGGAGGCACACAGAAAUCACUGUGUGGUUGGUGUGGAAAUCUCGCACCAGAUUGAUGCUUACAUAAAUGUCCCACGUGAAAUGGAGAGUGCGUUUACACUCUAUUCAUACAAUACUGGGAAAAAGACUGAUGAGUGGCUGAAACGGGUGGAAGCAGAGAGAAAGAGGACACUGGCCAAAUUCAAGCACCUGCGUCAGUGUCUGGAUGAACUAGAGAAUCUUCGGUUGGCCAGACUGGUAGAGUUGGAGAAAGAGAUCACAGAGCAGAGGGAUCAGCAUGGGGAAAAAAUUGACCGUCAGAUCGAUUUCCUGAUAGAGAUCGAAGAUGAUAUGGCGGACUACUACUUUAAACCUAGGGAAUUCCUGCAGGACUUUGGACAUGGCUUGCCCAGUUACGAGGAGGAGCUGUUGGAAGAUGCUGUGCUUGUUCCCACUGGUGUGAAAGACAAAAUCCAGAAAUUUUGUGACCAAAAGCUGUUCCUGGAGGAAGUCCUGGAUAAAUUCAAUGAUGAAAUAGCUGCUCUUUUGAAAGGAGGGAGGAUGAAGAGAUCGAGAUCGGAAGUGCUGAUGGAAGAAAGCGGCUCCAGAGGCCUGGGCGAAGACCCCCAGGAAAGUCUAGGGACCAGGGUGCUCCUAAUGCUCCCGGGCUGGGGAGGCCCCUGGGCCACCGGGCACCUCCCAGCCCGGAACCAAGACUCGCAUUCCUCAAACCUCUUCCCCCGGAGUUUCCCUCUCAUGAGAUCUUCUACUGCUCCAGCUCAGAAUCCAACUCGCCAUGCCCGGCCAGCCCAUGAGCAUCGGAUGGAAGCCAAGUCCAUCCCGGGGAUGGAACGGAUCUCCCCACCAGCCCAGCAGCCCUAUUGA